GAAAAAUCUAAACACUGCCUCUGCUAACAUUUUCCAUUUGUUGUGUAGUACGUAAUAUACAAAGAGAAGAUUAAUCACAACCGGGUCCACUCCCAGUCCCAACCCCUCUCCUUUGUCCGUCCCCCUGGACAAAUUAGCCGGCACAACUAUAAAUGGCAAGCCGCCAUUGGCAGCGCCAGGACCGGACAAAACCACACUUACAAGCCACGGACCACGGACCAGUCUGCAACAGCGCGACGCUCUCCUCCUUCCACGCCAGCAGGAGUCAGGAGGAGAGCGCGCGGCCGGGUGCCGGGUGGGACAAGCACACUUGAUGGCAUCUACCGCCAUCCCGUCCCCGCCGCCUCCGGCGGUGCCAGAGCGGAGAGUGCCACUGGUGCCGCGGCUGGCGGACGAUGGCGGCGGGGGCGUUAUGGGUGACGCGCGGGGGAGUAGUGCGGGAGGAAGCGGGAGCGGGAGCGUGGCGGGCAUUUCGCCGAGCAUCCUCAUCAUCGCAGUCAUCGUGGUGGUGAUGCUGCUUGCGUCGCUGUGCAUCCACUACUUCAUCCGCCACCUCUGCCGCCACGCGGGCCCAGCGGUGUCCUCCUCCCCUUCGUCCCGACAGGCUCCGCCGCUCCCGCUCGUGGCGCACCCCGCGGCGGUGGCGUCCGUGGCGGCCGCCGACGGCCAGGGGGCAGGAGGAGGGAAGGCGGCGGAGGCGGAGCGGCUCAUCGCGCGCCUGCCGCUGUUCACGCUGUCCUCGUCGCUGGCCUCGGUGCCCAAGUCGUCGCGCGACUGCGCCGUGUGCCAGAGCGCGUUCCGCGACGACGACGAGCUCCGCCUCCUGCCCGCCUGCCGCCACGCCUUCCACUCCCGCUGCGUGGACCCGUGGCUCCGGGGCAACCCAUCCUGCCCGCUGUGCCGCGCCUCCAUCGCGCUGCCCUGCCCGCCGCUCACGGACCUCCUCCGUGUGGAGCUCGGCAGCGUCAGCAGCCGCCGCUCCAACCCGGACGCUGCGGCCGCCGCCGUUCGCGCGUACCCGCUCCCCGGUGGCCUCCCCAACUCGGAGUCGUCGGAAUACCUCGUGGAGGAGGAGCUCCAGGUCGUGCUCAAACGGAGCCCGCGCGCCGCCGCCGGGUCCAGCGACCCGCCAAGCCAGCAGCAGCAGAAUCAGCUUGCCGCGGUGGAGCGCGGGCAGCCGUCGUCGUCGUCGUCCGUCGGCCUAACCCCUACGGCAUCGUUCAGAUCGACGGCGGAGCGGUGGAGCAGCCGCUGGAGCAACCGGUGGAGCAGCCGGUGGAGCAGCGGGCGCUGGAGCAGCCGGUACGACGCCGGGACCGUGACGGCCGCGGCCACGGCGGAGUGGUGGUGGGACAUGGACGGCGGCGUGGCCCCCGCGACGCGGCGGAGGGACGCGGACGACGGCAGCGCGUCGUUCUACGGGUUCGUGCGGUGGCUCACCGGUGCAUACUAGUAAAUACGAUCGUACGGUGCUGUUAGCAUAGCAUGGUACCAUCGAUCCAUGAAAGCGGUGAAAGCUAGCUUCGCCCCUGCGGCAGCGUCUUCGUGAAACGAAUCGAAAUGAACUGGGGGUGUCUGUCUGUCUGGCUGGCUCUCCUUUUCGGCAUGCGAGCGUCGAAAUUGUUUUGCUUUAUUAGUAUUAAUUUUUUUUGUUUCGGUUUCGGGGCGGGCGGGUGGAUUCCGAGGACGGAGAUGCAUGCAGUGCAGAUGCGGUGCCUCCCGAUCGCGGAUUUCAAAACUGCUUCCGAAUUGGAGAAUGUCGGCGGGAAGAAUGAGGAAUGGAUUUGUGGACUUCCAGGCAGGUUGGCACAGCGCAGCGCAGCAGUCUCGGCCAAACAAAAAACAAAAUUGGUAGUUUUUUUUUUCCUUUUUGCUGCAUUUUUUAUUUGCUCUUGGUUUUGUGCUACUCAGCAUUUCUGUAUACACCUUCGAUUUGUAUGCAUGUUAGUUGCAUAGCAAAUAAAUUAAGCAAAGGCAGGAGGAGUUUAUUCA